GAGCUCGCGGCGGUGACCUCUGAGUACGUAGGGAGGAAAAUGACUGAACAGAGAUGUGAUUGUUCCGCUCCGCCGUCGACACCAGCGAACACUUGGCUCGUUUCACAGAGUUAACAGCGACGAGAAGGAGCCGCCGAGGUGUCCGAGGAACGGAAUGUCGUUACGGACAGCAGCCACGUUCCGCUACUCAGUGAAUUUCGUCAGACGGACUGCGGAGGAUGCUAAACGGCUAGCGGACUGGUGAUUUUUAGCCUGUGUAUUCCCGGGAUAAUUUGAUAGCGUCGUUUAAACCCGUUCGCCGCGUGACAGUCGUGUUCGUCUCAAAACUGUCCGGCAGGUGUGAAGCAGGAAGGUAUCGGGUUUUUACUGCUGCUCGGACAGCCACGUCAGCGAGCUAACAGCUCUCCGUCCUGGACGAAGACUGCGGACACUUUUUGCUCCAGGUUCGGUUCUUAAUUAACUCAAACCUCCAGCGGCCAUGGCUCCGAUGGGUAUCCGACUGUCCCCGCUCGGCGUGGCCGUGUUCUGCCUCCUUGGAGUCGGCGUCAUCUACCACCUGUAUGCCGGGGUCCUCUCCAGUCGUCUGGCUGCUUUCAGACAGAGGAGAAAGGUGGAUCUGAGAGACCUGCUGGCCGUCUCAGUGGAGGCUGCAAUCCUGGGUGGCAAGGAGGUAAAGAAGGUACGUGAGGAAAAUGGCCUUAAUGAGAAGACAAAGGGAAAGACGAGGGAAGGAGCCAGUGAACUUCUGACUACAGGUGACCUGCAGUCUCAUAGGAAGAUGUUUAACCUGCUGAAGAACACAUUCCCUGAAGUCAAGGUGUACAGCGAGGAGCACGACAACACGGUGGAUCAGACGCUAACCUGGAGCCGGGUCAUUCCAGGAGAAAUACUGGAGAGAAUCAACGAGGGGAAGGACGUUUCUCCUGAGAGACUCACUGUGUGGAUCGAUCCUCUGGACGCAACACAAGAAUAUACAGAGAAUCUGGUGAAAUAUGUGACCACUAUGGUGUGUGUGGCUCUUGAAGGUAAACCAGUUAUUGGGGUCAUACAUCAGCCGUUCACUGAUUUCACUGCCUGGGCGUUUGUAGGUCAGGGAUCAAACAUGCAUUCCCGCUCAUCCUACAGCGCCACUCCUUCCAAAGUGAUCGUCUCACGUUCCCACUCCGGACAAGUUAAAAAUUACAUCCGUGAGGCUUUUGGAAACAGCACAACGGUCAUAGAAGCAGGAGGAGCAGGGUACAAGGUGCUGUCGCUGUUGGAGAUGCCUCCAAGUGAAGCAGGCUCUGUAGACCAGGCAGAUCUCUACGUCCACAUCACCUUCAUUAAGAAGUGGGACAUCUGCGCUGGUGCAGCACUGCUGAACGCACAGGGAGGCCACAUGACGACUCUGAAGGGGGAGGACAUCGACUACAGUGAAACUGCUCUCAACAAAGGAGGACUGGUGGCCAGCGUGGGUGUGGAUCAUAAGGCCAUCGUGAAAAAACUGCCAGACUACGACCCUGAAAAGCACUGAAACGCACUAGCACAGAGCCAUUGGUAGUUUGGUCGGGUUGUAGACACGUGGUGGUUCUAGAACUAAUGGUGGGCGGUAAACGGCCUGCGUGAUUUCAGCGUUAGACACCAAACAUCUACCAACAGGUGGGCUGGAGUCACUGUUAGAGAUAAAAGCCACUGAGCAGGACUGUGGAACCAACACGGCUGCUGCUGGAAACUGGCACAAUGGCUCUGAACACACACUCCUCUACAUGCGUACAUCCUAGCAGCUCAGAGAAACGGUACAUCUUCCUCUCCUCGGACUCUCACAAACAAACAAACAAACACAAGCUCUAAUGUGAAACACUAAACCGAGGAGCACAAUGCUGAACGCUACAGCGAAACCCACGGAGCCAUAUCAGCCUUUAUCGUCUUAAGUCUUCAUCACAUGAUGUUCAGAUGAAUUCACAAGAAUCAGGAACACCGUGGAUCGCUUACAGAGACGGUCGAUUAACCAUCAGCAUGAAACAACCACCUAUCAUGAUUUAAGACUGCGUAGAAACUCAUCGGGACGACGAGUCUCUGUGGCCUGAACAGUGUCUGAAAUGGUACGGAGUUACUGGCCACUUUAAAAAAAAAAAAAACCUCUGUUGACCAACAGCAUUACAGCACAACAAUCCCAUGUCGCCCUGCAUUUGGAUAGAGAGGGAACAUUUUCCUCACAGAAAACAGCAGAAGAUCUUUUUGCCAGUUUUUUAACACAGUCCCACCUUCGUGAAUGGAAAAGCUUGUACUAAACAAAACUCAAAGAACAAAUUUAUACAGUACCGUUCAAGAGUUUGGGGUCACUUAGAAAUGUCCUUACAUAACAUUAAAUGAGUCAGAAAUACAGUCUAGAAAAGGGGCGUCAAACUCAUUUUAGUUCAGGUUCCACAUUCAACUCAGUUUGAUCUCCAGUGGUCCGGACCAGUAAAAUCACAGCAUAAUAACCUAUAAAUAACCACAACUCCUAAUUUUUCCUUUGUUUUAGCACAAAAAAGUACAUUCUGAAAAUGUUCACAUUUAAGUAAUUAUCUCUUUAAGAAACAUUAUGAACAACCUGAAAUUUCUGAAGAAAAAUAAUUUCAAUUUCAGCAGUUUUAUGCCUCAGUUUAUUAUGUACACAUUACAACUUAGAGAUCACAGUGUUUAUACAAAGGAACAAAAUAUUUAGUCACAGAUAUCUGGAACGGAACGAUGUAGCAUUUGACUUUAUGGUCAAAACGACAAAAGUAAAAAAAACAACACAAAAACAACAAAAACAAGACAAAAUAUUACAGAAGUGAGAACCAAAAUGCCAAAAAAUGAGACAAAACACAAAAUAAAACAGAAGAGAUAAAAAAUUAGAAAGUUACAAAGCGCCAAAAAAUGGACAAAUGACAAAAACAAGACAAAAGGGAGAAACAAAACAACAAAAAAAUUGACAAACACAAGCGAGACAAACACAAAACGACAAAAACACUACACAAAACAAUAAGGCGAAACACAAAAUGACAAAAAUAAGAUGAAAAACACAAGCGAGACAAAAAGGAAACACAAAACGACAAAAACGAGAAACAAAACCACAAAAAUCUGUCCAAAAACCAAGACAAAAUAUUACAAAAAUGAGACACAACAUGACAAAAGAACAGUAUUUUACUUCAUGAUCAAAACAACUUGUCAUGGUCUAGAAAUUAUUUUAAAUGUAUAGUUUUUAAAUGUACAAUCUGCAGUUAAUGUCUUGUGUCAUUUUUACACUUUACAAAGUCGUCCUGCGGGCCGGAUUGGACCCUCUGGAGGCCUGGUUUUGUUUGACACCCCUGGUCGAGACAUUGUUAAUGUGGUAAAUGACUCUUCUUUUGAAUGGAAUAUCUCCAUAGAGGUACAGAGGAACAUUUCCAGCAACCAUCUCUCCUGUGUUCUAAUGCUACAUUGUGUUAGCUAAUGGUGUUGAAAGGCUCAUUGAUGAUUAGAAAACCCUUGUGCAGUUAUGUUAGCACAUGGAUAAAAGUGUGAGUUUUCAUGGAAAAUAUGAAUUGGUGACCCCAAACUGUUGAACGGUAGUGGAACUAAACCCUUUAUUAGAUUAUGUGUAGAGUAACCGCUGUAGACGUCAUUCUGUUACUGUCUAAAUUAGUCCAACUCUGAUUUAUUUGCAGCUAAAAGUGAAGCCCAGAAGGCCCAGAUCAGCGUUACUAAGGUACUAGUGUAUGUAAAAUCUCCUGCAGCUAAACAGGAGAAAAACGCUGUUUGGUCACGCAUUAAGAAAAGAUUAAGAUUAUCGGUGAGAUUUCUGGAUGGUUCAACUUUUCUUUCAUGCUGUGACGGAUCGUUUUUCCUCACCUGUAACAAUUUAGCACAAUUUGAAUGAAUGAAUAGAAGGAAUGCUGUAGGGCGGGAGGUGGAACAGCAGCAAUCAGAACCCUGAGCGGAGGUUUAAUCAGCCAGAGUCAUUUAUAAUGUGAAGGGAUUGGAGUUGUCUUUUCCUUUUUAUUUAAAUUCCUCCUUAACGCCUCUCCAGCCGGGUACUUCACACAUCACCUCCUCUCCAGCACUAAUGUGUUACUCAGAAUUAUUAGUGAAUUCGUUUUGUUGAACCACACGAUAAAUAGGACAAUAGUCUGACCUCACCUCUGCUAAGAACAAUGUACAAAUGUCAGUCUCAUCCAGUAUGUACAGCCUCAUUUAGGACUUUAAAUCCGACCAUCAGAAGAAAGCUGUCUGAGUUUAUGUUCUCAAGAAUGACAAUAAGCUGAGAUGUAUGUGUUUCCAAACCAUUUCUGCACCCAGGUCGUAUUUGUUGGAUACUGAACUGAGUGUCCUUGCAUGGUUUUGUAUUUUGAUUAACCUUCGGUCGUCUAACUCCUCCCAUCCCAGUGAGAGCCCCGCCAGCUUGAUGAACCCGUCUAACUACUGUAGAUCUUUGUGUACCGUCUGCAAUAACUGUAUCAGCCUGUUUGAACCAACAGUUCGACGGCCAAUCAAGUUUACUUUUCGCUGUGAAUCGAUGGUGAAUCAUGAAAACAUCUCCUGCAAAACAUGAGCUCAUGCCGGCGACCUGUUUCAUGUUGGGUUUGUCUUGGUGCCCUUUGUGUUGUUAACUUUGUUUAGGUAAAAGCUAAUGUUGUUAGCGUACGUUCUGCCACUGACUCAUGAGCCCAGACGGAUAAUAAUGACCUAGAGAAGCUGUUAGCGGGUUACAGGCCCUGGAGAGAGUUUCAUUGACAUUAGAAACAGAAAACUGCAUUCAGUCAGGCAGAGCUGUUAUCCUGGGAAUGCUAUUAGUUAGCCUGGGAAUGGUAGUGACCAUCCUCCAGAUGCUUGGGACUAGCCUAAGAAUGCUGGUUGUAAGCUUUGGAACUCCAGUUGCUAGCCCAGGAAUGCCAGUUAUUAGCUGAAGAAAGCUAGUCUAUCAACCAGCCUAGGUUAGGAAUUGUAGUUUCUAGGCUAGGAAUGCUAUUUUGUGGUCCAUAAACUUUGGUUGCUAGCCUAGGAAUGCCAAUUGCUAGCACUGGAAUGCUAGUUGCCAGAAUGGAAAUGCUAGUGACCAGCCUAGGAAUGCAUAUUAUGAGUCUGGGAGUGGUUGUGGUUACCAUCAGGAUUCCAGUGACUAACCUUGGAAUGCUAGCUGAUAGCUUAGGAAUACUAGUUGUCAGCCUGAGGAGGUCGGACCUUCAUGAGCUAAAAUUUUUUAUUUUUUUUAAUUUCAGUGCCUUUGAUCUGCUUUAUAAACAGAUGUUGCUAUGGUAAUGAUGGCCAAUAUGUUCAGGGUAAUUCUGCAAUCGAGAUGUGAUGGCAUUACAGUGCCCUCGUCCUUUUACUCAUCUGUUUGUAUCCUGUAUGAAACGUAGUCUGAGUGAGAGAUUAAAGGGGAAUCUCAACAAUUUGACACAUCAGAGUCUGUUCAGAGAUGUUGGGCUGUCAUAUUUUGUACGUUGAAAAUGUUUUGUGAAACUCCGCGGGGGUACAGAGGGAGACGUCUAAAUGUUGUCUUAAGAUUCCUCGCCCAAAUCUCCAUCCAAACUGCUGCUGGACCAGGUUUUGAUGAGAAUACUGUCCAAUAAUGCCAUUGUGGUUCAAUGCUAAAUCAAUAGAGUACUUUUAAUGUGUAGGUGUGAAUCUAAAGGGGACAGAUUUGCUCUACUCACCUCAAAACUGUUGUUUCAAAGUGUAUUAAUGUGAAGUUUCUGCAUGCGUUGAGCACAUAGGGGCAUAGUGGAACCAAUAUGGUGACCUGAGUAAUUCACAACUUCCUGUCAGUUUUUGAUAAGUUUAGAUCAGGGGUGUCAAGCAACUCCAAAUUAUUCACUUUGUUUUAGUGCAAAAAAGUCCAUUCUAACAAUGUUCACAUUUAAUGGGCUAUCUUCUUAAAAAACAUUAUGAACAAACUAAGAUUUCUUAAGAAAAAUAAGUGAAAUUUCAACAAUAUUAACCCUCAGUUUAUCAUUUGUGCAUCACAACUUACAGAUCAGUGUCUACAAAGGCACAAAACAUUUAGUCUGGAACUGAACAAUAUAAUAUUUUAUGACUUUAAAUUCCCAUUUAUGUCCACGUCUGUGCAGUAAUCCUGACACACCACACCAGACAAACUAAAGUGGGAACUAUUAAGGAAACGGUGACGUUAUCCGUCUGCCUUUUAAAUGUAGAAAAAUUAUACAUAAAUAAUACUUAAACAUUGCGUCAGUGUCAACAAACCAAGUGAAAUAUUCAUUUUCACCUCUGUAAUUUUUUUAUACGUUACAAAGUCGACCUAUGAGCCGGAUUGGACCAGUUUUUGGCAUGCGGGCCUUAUGUUUGACACCCCUGGUUGAGAUACAAUAAUCAGAGUGUAAAAUGUUGACGGAAUCUCAUUGAAGGUUUUUGUAGUGACAGUUAUUGGAAAUUAUGUUGACUAGAAUCCUCAAAUUCAUCAUUCAGCUGAAAAACAUUUGGAAAAAAGGGGAUUUUUCUACCAAUCACAAGUAGAUGUUCUGCAUGGUUACCUGACUUUUAGAGAACUCAUUACAUCCCCAUCUGGACCUCUCAGGCAAGAAAAAGGUUUAAGGGAUCCUCAUGUUUUUCCCAAUAAAGUAAAACUUAAAGUAGUAAGAAUGGAUGAAACUAAAUACAUUUUGAAUCAACUGAAGUGGAAACAAAUGCUGCAGCUUCUGUGAAAGUUUUUAAUACUGUGUCUGUCCUAUUUUAAAUGUGGAGAGUUGUGAUGCUGUAAUGAUCUAAACGGAGAUAAAAAGCAGCUGUGUGGUUAAACUGAACCACUUGAUCUGCCUCUAACCAGCAUGUGAGGGCAAUAAGGACGGCAGUAUCGGAGAAACUAGUACCUGGACUGAAGAAGAAACUCCCUGUGUGCUUUAGGAUGUGUCAUAGAGAGGUGACGUGCUUUUAAAAGGCUGAGGGCUGUUCUGAUGAUCAGGUUGGUGUACAGCUGCUCUGUGAGUCGUUCAUCCUGCUUCUGUUAUGAAUUUCCAAUAAAACAUCAGUGUGCAUGAUGGUUCA